AUGGCGUCCGCACAAGAAGAACCCCUUCCCGAAGGAUGGGAGGCACGGAGAAGUAGAAGCACGGGCCAGACAUACUAUCUGAAUUGCCAUACGAAGAAAUCACAAUGGGAGAGGCCCGACGAGCCCGCGCCCCUUGAGGACGAGGAGGAUGACGAUGACUGCAGCUCCCCAACCGAGGUCCACUGCAGUCAUAUACUGGUCAAGCACGCGGAAAGCCGUCGCCCGUCGUCGUGGCGCGAAGAUAACAUAACACGCUCGAAAGACGACGCAUUCAACAUCAUCCAAGAGUUUCGGCGGCGCAUCGUCAGUCGCGAGUCCACCUUCCACGAGCUGGCGCGCGAAUACUCCGACUGCUCGUCGGCGAAGCGCGAUGGCGACCUCGGGCGAUUCCGGCGCGGCCAGAUGCAGAAGCCGUUCGAGGAUGCCGCCUUCUCGCUGAAGAUCGGCCAACUGAGCCAGCCGGUCGACACGCAGUCCGGCGUCCACCUUAUACUGCGGUCCGCC